CCCUUUCCUGUCGUUUCCUCCUUCUCCAUUUCUUCCCAAGAAACUGCGCCGUAUCGCAAAACUGCAAAUAAAUAUCAAGCUGCUCUCUCUCUCUCUCUCUGUUGCUCUUUCUCUCGGGCUCCGUCCCAAAUGGCACCCUAAACACUCGCAGUCUUUCUACUAGUCCGCACUUUUGUGACGUGACGCCGCUUUGACUGUCGGGAAGAAGUCUAGUGCGGGCUCAGCAAAAGUGCACAUCGAGCGCAAAGGGGGCGCUCGCGAGCACCCUUCUGAAAACUAAAAUAGCAAACUGGACACUUUACGGUUUCAUCAACGGACACGCGCACGCGGAAGACAUUGUAAGUCCACAAGACCGACAGUGCAUGAAGUGUGCAAUUUGGGACAGGGCCUAGCUCUAACUGUCGAAGUAACCAUGGCAACGGAUAGCGUAUCCUGCAAAUAUGGCAACGCCUUCCCGAAAUACAACGCGGAUUGAAAACAUCGUGACGCAACUCCUCGUUCUCGGACAUCGAUAAACCACAGCAGCAACCUACUGUACAUUACUGAACAACUUUGACUUGGCUCCGUCAUAAACACACACUUUAAUGCAAUACAUUUCCUGCAUACAUCUGUAAAUCAGCUUUGACUUCCUCUUCCGGAGUGAACGGGUUGGUGAACUCAGCGAGUGGACCGUGUGUGGUUAUCAUGGGCAUAAACUCCAUUUCGCUACUGUCACACGCAACAGUUCAGCUCUAACAGUAUCGACGUUUGCAUAUGUACGCUGGAAAGACUUGUUUUUCUUCAGAGGUGACGCAAAUGCUGUGCGCCGUCCUGGGUCACUCCGAGAAUAUUUGGCCAGGUAUUAGCCAUCUACAUGGGAAUGGGGGACAUGAAGACACCAGAUUUCGAUGACCUGCUGGCAGCGUUUGACAUUCCAGACAUUGAUGCCAAAGAAGCAAUUCAGUCUGACACCGAUGGUAAUCAUAAUGACCGCAGUGGUGUUGUUGGAAAGGAGAGAAGUGGAAGUCCAUGCCUAAGGCCCCCAGAAAGCCCUGAGUCUGUUCCUUUAGCUCCUCACAGCGACCCUCCUGUGGUCAGUGUGAUUGUAAAAAACAGUGUACAUUCUGAUGACAAAACUGAAGAGGAUGUAACUGGAGACUUUCCUGGUGCUAAUACAUCACAUGAGUCUCCAGGUCCCAGAGAAGAUGACCUAAUGCCUCCAGAUCCAUUCAUCUAUAAUGGACUCAAAAUUGUCUCAGAUGGGGCUACACAACCCUCUACAACACCAAAUCUGACCCAGAUGCAGCCCAAUGGGCCACUUUGGUCUCUCUCUUCCUCUAGAGUAUCUAAUGAUGACAACCAGGAUGGCAUUUCUUCUAAACAUCCUGCUAGCACUUUCUCCCCACCUCAGUCCUUACCCCUGACUGAUCCCCCCAUCUUAUCUAAACAUUUAAUUAGUUCAAACUUUCCCCCCAGAGUUGAUUGUGAGGAAGCACAACCAUUAAAUGGCAAUUUGAGGGCAGGAGUCCGUCGUCAUUUAUCUGAAGAUGAAGACUCUGAACCAGACCUCGGUAGCCCUGCACUCGUCAUACAGGAGAGCCCAGAUUCCCAGCUGUGCUCUGCUCCCAAGGUACCACGAUUACAACGAUCCCCUUCAAGUGUGUUUCAGCUGCCCUCUCCCUCGUCCCCUUCCUUACCAGUGAGUAACACUCAAAUUGAGGAGCCCCCAAAACUUCUACAAAGCAGCGUCAACCCAACAUCCAUGACCUCCAAAAAUGAUUUGCCGGCUAAAGAAAAAGACAUCGAGCACAUAAUAGAGGAGAGAGAUUCUCCUGAGAGCCCUGAGCCAGAAAUCCCUCAACCUCAUACAUCUCUACCCUCAAAUCAACUCGGAGCCAAUGAGCCAGAACAGAAGGAGAGAAGAGAAGAAGCCCCUCAAGAUCAAGUUAUUGACAUGAGUGUAAGUGUGCAGGAGAAGAGCGGUCUUCACAAAAAAAAAGAUUAUGAUGGAGCUGAGGAGACCGAAGGGAAAUCUGCAGAGCCUAGUUUGGUAGAUUCAGCCUCUGAAGAUGUCACAAACUCCAGCAAGACCUCCGCCAAGCCUCUCAAAGUGAGAAUCAAGACUGUCAAAACGUCUGCCGGAAACAUCACACGUACUGUAUCUAAAGUGGCUCCCAAAGGAGGGGCCUCCAAGGGUCCAGGCGGCUCCAAAGUUCAAGCAGGGGCCCGUAAGUCAGUCCACAGGGUUCAGAAAUCUGGCGCUGCUUCUCAAGGACCACCUCAGGUGACGAUGUUGCCCGUGUCCACUCUUCAGGAUGCCAGCACAGCCAUGUUAUUUGCUGCCAGCAGGGCACAGAAUCAAAUAGCCACCACUCUCUCUGCCACUGCAGUCAACAUCACCAGAACAUCAACCCUGCCAUCCAUCUCCUCUCUGGGGCAGAAAACGAUGAAUGGGAACCCUGGGACAGCCAAACCAGCCUCCAUUGUGAACAGCACAGGAGCUGUGAUCUCACGCAGCCAGUCUAGCCUCGUGGAGGCCUUCAACAAAAUCCUCAACAGUAAGAAUCCACUGCCAAGUUAUCAGCCGGACCUCUCCACCAUGCCUCCCCCUGAAUGGGGUCUUCGAUUGCCCUCAACGGGAUAUCGUUGCCUUGAGUGCGGGGAUGCGUUUGCCCUGGAGCGCAGCCUAGCGAGGCACUACGAUCGCCGCUCUAUGAGGAUCGAGGUGACCUGUAACCACUGCUCCAAACGCCUGGCCUUCUUCAAUAAGUGCAGCCUGCUGCUCCACGCACGAGAACACAAGGAGAAGGGGCUGGUUAUGCAGUGUUCACACCUCGUCAUGAGUCCUGUCAGUGUGGAGCAGAUGAUUGGCCAGCAGGAUACCGUGCCUAUAGGUAUACUCUCUCCUGCUCUGCCUGCCCUUAAAGAAAGUGGUGGCCAACUGACACAAUCUUCUGAUAACAGCUGUCCAGAGUGUUGGAGUCCAUUCAAAGGGAAGGCAGAAAUAGCAGCACACUUUCAAGAGGUUGAUCCUGGUGUCACUGACAUGUGUUGUAUGCAGUGUUCUCCUCAAAUGCCACUGUGGAACUCAUGCAGUGCUGCAGCUCACCGCCGGUUACAUCAGCAGCUUCCUCCACUGGUUUGCCCUGAAUGUGGUGUCAUCUGUCAGCUUCAAGACCUCAACACUCACCUGAAUCAAACCUGCCUGCAUUACUCACGUCGCCUUGGAUAUAGAUGUGCCUGUUGUCAUUUGGUGUUUGGAGGAGUGAAUAGUCUGAACGCUGUGAAAAAUCACAUGCAGGCGUCUCACUGUGAGGUCUUCCAUAAAUGCCCCUCCUGCCCCAUGGCUUUCAAAUCACCCUCUGGUGCUGAAGCCCACUGCACCUCCCAGCAUCCUGAACUCCCUGAGACGGCAAGACAGUCUAAGGAGAUCUAUAAAUGCGUGUUGUGUCGGACCGUUUUUACCCAGAAGGCAUUGCUCAAUGUCCAUUUCGACACUCACUUAGCUAAGCAGAAGAUGCACGUGUUUAAAUGCCCUGACUGUAACAAGCUCUUCACGCAGAGAGGUUCCCUCCUUGAGCAUGUUAAGGACUCUCACAGGGACAUUUAUGACACUUCGGCACAGAACAACUUGGUAAAGAUGGAUAGCUCAGAUGGGGAGGAGUGGGGGCGGGAUGAAGACAGAGGAAGAGUGGCAAGAGAGGAUGGGAACUCUGCUGCCCCACAUAUCCAGAGCUGGAGCUGCUCACAGUGCCAGACGCGCUACAAAGAGAAAGAGAGCUACAUCACCCAUAUGUCCGAGCAGCAUGGCAAGGAACUGAAGAAGUUUCCAUGCACUCUUUGUGAAGGCUCCUUCUCUUCAUCCUCAAGUUUAAGACGCCACAUUCGUGUGAAACACAAAGGCAUCAAAAGAGCUUUUUAUUGCCAACUUUGUACAGGUGGGAAGAGGAGUUUCAGCAGUAAGCUGAUUCUUGAGAAACAUAUUGAGGCUCAACAUGGAGGAGACAGACGAGCAGCCAAAAAGGCAGUUCCUCAAAUCACAGAUGCAGCUGACAGCUCAUCUGAGCAUGAUGGUGCUACUUUGGGCGGGGCCUCAGUUGAAGCAGAAAGCCAAUUGGCUGAGAGCAGCCUGACCAGACAUAGCAAAAGAGCUGCAGCUGAGGAGCAGGAAGCCACGGGAUUUCGCUGCAUGCCAUGUGGUUUUACCACAGAGGACAGGGAGGAAUUUCUCCAGCAUAUUGUCUGUCACCGUGACGGGGGCAGCACCUUUCAGUGUCAGCAGUGUGGGGCAUGUUUCGCAUCCACCUCCUCUCUCAGCAGGCAUCUUUUCAUCAGCCAUCGUGUGCGUGAUUCUCCCUCCGAUCACGCUGAGGCAUCUCCUGUCACUGGUUUAACUUCUGGACAUGUGACCUCUGACUCUGCAGUUACGGCAUGGUCCCCGGGGUCACCAUCGAGUGUAGGGGGGACACAGGUAGAGGAUGGGGAAGGUAAGCACACCUGUAAGGUGUGUGGACGUUACUUUAGCAAACCUGCUGAUCUUAAUACACACUUCAGAACUCAUGGCAUGGCCUUCAUCACCGCAUACAAAACAGACAAACCAGCGUAGAGAGACAGGAAAGAAUUAACACGAGAGUGAAACUGAUGAAACCUGGCAGGUACAUGUCCAGGAACAUAUGCCACCCCAAAAUCAAAAACAAAAAAUAAGAAAUUAUAUUUUACUUGAAGAAAAUGAAGCCUAAUUUUAGGACUGUUUUUAAUUUUAAGAUUUUUUUUUUUUUCAUUAUAUUUAAUUUAUUUUGUGACUUUUUUUUUUUAAUUAAGCACACAUAUUCUAAUUACUGUAAUAAAGUAUAAUAUAAUAUAAUAUAUAUAUAGCCCUUUAUUUAUGCUGAUUUAAAUAAAAAAUUACAGCCUCACAGUAACAAAUAACAUCUAAUCUAAUUAGACAAAAUCUCAAAAGUAAAAUGUCCAGAUAUACGGUUUUGGCAAGAAAAUGUGCUUAAUUGUUAUGAAAAUGUAUAUUUAAUUAAAGUAGAUUUAAAUUUCUUUAUGCAACAUAUAAUUUCUUUUAUAUUUUUUUCUUCGAUUUUGAUCGGGGUGAAAUGUGAGCAGUAUUUCUGUGGGAUUAAGCAGAAAGUGAAUGUAACUGAGAGUCUGCAGAUUAACAUUUAGGUUUGUCGCAGGCUUUUAACACCACAUUCACAUGAGAAAUACACUGCGCCGGGGCAAAUCAUGUUUGUAAUAACAUGUAGUAACUCUACUAGACCAGUUUUGCAAAGUCGAGGAGAGCCUGAUGUCGAUCAAGUAAUGCUGUAGUGUAGGAGUCACUUAGGUUUGAUCAACCUAUAAAGUGAUCGCAACAAGCUCUUAAUUAAUCUGAGGGGUUAGGAGAAGGGCAAGACACUGAGCGCCAUGUCUUUGAGUUCUUAACGUAAUCUGAGGGUCAUGCACUUGUUUACCGGUCCUGCUAUAUUUCUGUGCCUACUGAUUCUAUUUUGCAAACAAAAAAGAUGCAGUCCGUUUUCUCUAAUGCAAAAUGCAGCUUACUAUUAAUAAAAUACUGUAAUUACUAACAGUUUAGCACAGCCAAAUGAUCCCAAAUCAGGUGACUCCUUUGUGCUUGAAUAAUUAUUUUUGUUUAAUGUCUGUAUUUCUUCUAUUUGUGUUUUCCAUAGAUUCAAAUCAGGAAACUUGCUGAAUAGUUGCUGAUCUUUAAAAUAAGAAUGAAAUAAGUGCCUUCUUCAUUUAGUCUUAAGAUUCUUUAAGACAAGAUUACACUUAAAGGCCUCAGAUGAUCAUUUCCUCACUGGGAGGAAUUUAUUUGUAUUGUGUGUGUGUGUGUGUGUGUGUGUGUGUGUGUGUGUGUGUGUGUGUGUGUGUGUGUGUGUGUGUGUGUGAUGGAGUUGAAAAAGUUAUUUUUAUUUUUUAUGUUUGUGCUGGAGUUAUGUUUUAUUGAUGCCUUACACAUCAUGUCUUCUGGUUUUCUUUUUAAAUAUGAUUAAUAGAGCCUGUUGUAAUGUAACCUCUUGCAUUCUCUUUUGUUUUUGGCUGUUUCAUAUUGAUUUUGUUCAGAUAAAUAAAAAAUUGUAAUGGCUAAAUCAUUA